AUGGAUCGCGGAUCAGUCUAUUCUACUCACGUCUACGAGCCGAGUUUCGGCGAGAACGGCGACACUCGGUUGCAGCUUCAGACACAGCUCGAAACCUUCAUCCUAGACUUUCGGCUGGACAACAACUUUGUCUACAGAGAUCAACUACGGGAGAAUGCCUUGCUGAAGAGGUACUUUUGCGAUGUCAACAUCAAUGAUUUGAUCAGCUUUAACGAAGACCUUGCACAUCGUUUGGCAUCUGAGCCUGCCGAGAUCAUCCCCUUGUUCGAAGGCGCCCUAAAGAAAUGCACACACCGCAUUGUCUUUCCCCACGAGCCCAAGGCCGAGAUCCCCGAGCAUCAGCUACUUCUCCACAGCGACGCCGACAAUGUAUCCAUCCGAAACCUCGAUUCCAUGACCAUUGCCCGUCUAGUUCGAGUACCAGGUAUCGUCAUCGGCGCUUCCGUCAUGUCAUCUAAGGCGACCGAACUCCAGAUCAAGUGCAGGAACUGUCAACACGAGCAAACCAUUCCUAUCCUCGGCGGCUUCACCGGAGUCACCCUGCCCAGACAAUGCGCUCGCACCCGAAUUCCAAACGAUCCCACGCCAAAGUGCCCAUUGGACCCCUACUUUGUCGUUCACGAGAAGAGCAAGUUUGUUGAUCAACAGAUCAUCAAACUACAGGAGGCCCCAGAUCAAGUCCCCGUUGGUGAACUGCCACGACAUGUCCUCAUUUCGGCCGACAGAUAUCUGACGAACCGAGUCGUUCCUGGAUCGAGAUGUACUGUCAUGGGCAUCUUUUCGAUUUACCAGAACAAGGCCUCUAAGAACUCGUCGACUAGCGGUGCUGUAGCUAUCCGCACUCCUUAUCUGCGAGCAGUUGGUCUGCAGACAGACAUUGACCAAUCGGCCAAGGGCAGUGCUACCUUCACCGAAGAGGAGGAACAAGAAUUCUUGGAGUUGAGCAGGCGGCCUGAUCUGUACAACAUCAUGGCCGACUGCAUCGCCCCCUCAAUCUAUGGAAACCGAGACAUCAAGAAGGCCGUCCUUUGUCUGUUGCUGGGUGGCUCCAAAAAGAUUCUUCCCGACGGAAUGAAACUAAGAGGUGACAUCAAUGUUCUCCUUCUUGGUGACCCAGGUACUGCAAAGUCGCAGCUCCUAAAGUUUGUUGAAAAGGCAGCCCCUAUCUCGAUUUACACGUCCGGAAAGGGUUCGUCCGCAGCUGGUCUCACAGCGUCUGUCCAGCGAGAUCAAUCUACCCGAGAGUUCUAUCUCGAAGGUGGUGCCAUGGUCUUGGCAGAUGGUGGAGUCGUCUGUAUCGAUGAGUUCGACAAGAUGAGAGAUGAAGAUCGAGUGGCUAUUCACGAAGCCAUGGAACAGCAGACCAUCUCCAUUGCCAAGGCCGGAAUCACCACCAUCCUCAACGCCCGAACUUCUGUCCUGGCCGCCGCUAACCCUAUCUUUGGUCGCUACGAUGACAUGAAGACUCCUGGAGAAAACAUCGAUUUCCAGACGACCAUCUUGUCUCGUUUCGAUAUGAUCUUCAUCGUCAAGGAUGAGCACAGUCGUGAAAAGGAUGAGCGAAUGGCCAAGCACGUUCUCAGCAUUCAAAUGGAUGGUCGAGGCGCAGAGGAGGUGGCUGAGUCUGAGAUCCCUAUUGACAAAAUGCGAAGAUAUGUCACAUACUGCAAGACCCGAUGUGCUCCUCGUCUUAGCCCCGAGGCUGCAGAGAAGCUCUCGUCUCACUUCGUUUCCAUCCGACGCCAAGUCCACGCUGCCGAGAUGGAGGCCAACACACGCUCUUCCAUCCCCAUCACAGUCCGUCAGCUGGAGGCCAUCGUCCGUAUUACAGAGUCUCUUGCCAAGCUCACUCUCUCCCCCAUCGCCACCGAGACGCAUGUCGACGAGGCCAUCCGUCUCUUCCUGUGCUCGACCAUGGAUGCCGUGAACCAGGGCAGCAACCAGGGCAGCCGCGAACUGAACGACGAGGUCAACCGCCUUGAGGCUGAGUUGAAGCGUCGGUUGCCGAUUGGCUGGAGCACCAGCCUGUCGACACUUCGGAGGGAGAUGGUCGAGGGCAAGGGAUACAGUGAGCAAGCCCUCAAUCGUGCUCUGAUGGUGCUACAAAGGAGGGAUACUAUAAUGUUUCGGAACCAGGGUGCACAGGUGUACCGCAAUGGAGCAUAA